AUGUCGGGCUCAUUCGAAAAGUCCGUCAAGGGCGCGACCAAGAUCAAAAAUGCGCCGCCCAAGACAAAGUACAUCGAACAUAUCCUCGUUGCCACUCAUUCGGGUGAUGCCGGCGUCGGCGAAGUCUUUCGUUCCCUACAAUAUCGACUGCGCGACUCGACCUGGACCGUGGUGCUCAAGAGCCUGCUUACCACGCAUCUCAUGAUUCGAGAGGGCUCACCGGACGUAACCUUAUCCUUUCUCGCCAAGCAUCGCAAUAUUUUGGGCGUCGGUCAUUUCUCUGAUGCCCAAACACAAGGUCGGAACAUCCGGCAUUAUGCCAACUACCUAACCGAGAGAGCGCGAGCGUACCGCGAUACGAAAUUUGAUUGGGUGCGGGGCGAUUUAUCGAGGCUGGAGAGAUUGAGCGUUGAUAAGGGUCUACUUCGAGAGACGGAGGUCGUGCAGAGCCAAUUGUCGGCCCUGUUGAAAUGUGACGUCCUUGAGAACGAACCAGAAAACGAAAUCACCAUUGCCAUCUUCAGGCUACUGGUCUUGGACCUGUUGGCGCUGUUCCAGGCACUCAACCAAGGUCUCAUCAACAUUUUAGGUCACUUUUUCGAAAUGUCACACACGGACGCACAGAGAGCUUUAGACAUUUACCGCACAUUCACUCGACAAACUGAUUAUGUGGUUCAGUAUCUCGCUUCUGCCCGCCUGCACGAACACCACACACGGGUCGAGGUUCCCAAAAUCAAACACGCCCCGGUCAACUUAGCCCGUCAACUGGAGGACUAUCUUAAGGACCCGGACUUUGAAGUCCACCGUCGACAGUACCUUGCCGAGCAGGACGCAAAGAAGAAGGGCGGAUCCUCAAAACCCGCAAAGCUCGAAUUUCCCAAGUCACCUACCAAGCCAUCGUCUCCGGCGCCAAACGUCAACAACCCCUUCCCAUCGGUUCCAGAUGCCAAGAUCGAGAGCAAACCGCAGGCGAAUAAGGGCCCGGAUCCUGACUUGAUUGACUUUUUCGACUCCAUCGAGCAGCAACAGACGACUAUGCAGGUCAACCCACAACCAACUGGAAUGCCCGGGGCAGCUCCCUUUCAACCCCAAGCUACCGGCAUGCCAUUCCCACAAAACGGCUUCGCCCCUCAACAGACCGGAUUUGCACCUAACAACAUGUUCCAACAGCAACAGAACAUGGGCGGAUUUGUACAGCAACCGCAGCCGCAGCCGCAGCCGCAGCCUCAACCACUGCAACCAAACUUCACCGGCGCUGGAUUUGGCGGCUUCACACCACAGCCAAGCUUCCAACCGGGUGCUCUGGGAUCCAUCCCUCAGAACUCCGAAGCUUCGUUCCAAAACCAGAACCAAGGCUUCCAAUACGGCCAACAGCAGCAGCCACUGCAAACCGGCUCUCCGGGCCCUCUUCAGCCCAUGCAAACAGGUACCAAUCCAUUCAGACAAUCUAUGAUGAUGCAGCCCACGGGCGUGCCAGGCGUCUCGUCGCCAUAUGCCUCGCCCACCAUAGCGCCCCAGCUGCAACGCCAGUCAACGAACCCAUUCGCGCGCUCACCUCCUCAGAGCACCUCGCCGUUCCAGUCCGCAACUCCUAUCCAAGCCCAACCAACUGGUACCAACCCCUUUGCCAAAGCACAACCCCAACCAGUCCAAUCUCCCGACCACACGCAGAAUCCAGGUGCCCUCGCCCCCCAACCAACAGGUACCACGAAUCCCUUCCGCCACGGCGCGUUCGUCAACCACAACACUGGAAUGGGGUGGCAGCAUAACCAAACGAAUAUCGGUGGUGGACUGGAUCAACUUCCUACUGUUCCCGUAUUCCCUCGACCGGCACAACAGACGCCGUGGCAACAAUAA